AUGGCGCCUGCAAUUUUGACAGGCUUCCUUCCUCUAUGCGUGUGUCUUCUGCUGACACCUGGCUUUGCUGAGGCAGGCAAGCUGCUGGUUGUCCCCAUGGAUGGGAGCCACUGGUUUACCAUGCGAGCCGUUGUGGAGACACUCAUUCACAGAGGGCAUGAGGUGGUCGUAGUCAUGCCAGAGGUGAGCUGGCAACUGGGAAAAUCAUUCAACUGCACAGUAAAGACUUAUUCAACUUCUUACACGCUGGAGGAUCUGAAUCGUGAGUUCAUGGUUUUUUCCAAUUAUUGUUGGGAAAGUCAGGACUCGGAUAUAUUAUCUGCAGUAAUGAGUCCAAUCAGCACUGUGUUCGAGUACUUUUUUUCACAUUGUAGGAGUUUGUUUGACGACACGAAAUUAGUGAAGUACAUAAAAGCGAGUUCUUUUGAUGCGGUGUUUACGGAUCCUUUUGAUCUGUGUGGCUUAAUUAUUGCCAAAUAUUUUUCACUGCCAUCAGUGGUCUUCACCAGGGGACCAUUUUGUCAUUAUCUUGAAGAAGGCACACAGUGUCCCAGUCCUAUUUCUUACGUUCCCAGAGGUAUCUCAGGGCUUUCAAAUACCAUGACCUUCAGGGAGAGGGUACUCAACCAAGUCUUCCAUUUGGAGGAACGUUUAUUUUGCAGUUAUUUUCUCAAACGUGGCUUAGAAAUUGCCUCUGAGAUUCUAGAAACACCAGUCACGGCUUAUGACCUCUACAGCCAUACGUCCAUUUGGCUGUUAAGAACUGACUUUGUUUUUGACUAUCCCAAACCUGUGAUGCCCAACAUGGUCUUCAUUGGAGGCAUCAAUUGCAACCAGGGAAAGCCAUUGCCAGAGGUAAGUUACCUCUUCUUUAGCCCUUUAAGAGCAACCUGGCUUUGA